GAUCAGGAAAAUGGCCGAAGGACGCAAUUCACCGGUGUUUUCCCCGAAAACACUUUAUCAAGUGUGUGUAUCUGUCAUAGCGAAGAAGUAUUCAAAAUUUCGCAAGCACCUCACUGAUUUACCGAACGAUUUAGUGUUCGAUAUUUAUUAUCAGUUAUAUAAAGAAAAGGAAUACUAUCUUGUGGCAGAUGCAUUCAAAAAUGUGCAAAUUUUCUCUAAAAUGCUGAUGGUCAUUGACCGUCGUGUGCACUUAUUACAAUGUUUUCAGAGCAUUAUAGAACAUGGGAUACCUUUUGAACAAGGAUGGCGUCUCAGUUACAACAAAUGUCGUCGUCAUGCUUGUCAAAAUCCAGUUGACAAGCAAAAUUUAAUAAAUCUAGGCUUAAGAAUCGGUGAAUUUAUUAGUGAUGCAGGAUGGUACAUAAAAAGUGAAUAUGUGUUGUUAGCUUGCAAAGAAUUGUGUAUCGCAAAUAAUUCUACGCCUGAAGAUUGGUGUAGAACCUUAGGAUACUACCGUAGCUUACUGCAUGUACAAGCAGCAUAUUGCGAAUUUUUGAGAGCAGAAAAGACAUAUGAACUUGCAGUAGAAUUGAUAGACAAAUUAAAGGCAAAAGGAUAUCGUUACAAUUGUGCUGCUUUAUAUACAGAGUUCAGUGUAUUUUUUUAUAUGAAAGGCAAAUAUGAUGAAGCUUACAGAUGGAGUAUAGCAGCGUUGAAAGAACUAGAACCUAAGCUGCCUCCACGUAUUACUAUCGAUGUCCUAAGACAAGCGUCAAAAUCGUGCGUAUUGAAACGCGAAUUUCGAAAAGCUGGUCUGUUGAUCAGAGAAGCUGUAUAUCGCGCUAAAGAAGUAUUUGGUGUAAAUCAUCCAGUGUAUAGUAACGUUCUUAUAGAUUAUGGAUAUUACUGGUUAAAUUUUGAUAGCAUAAUAAAUAGUGUAACUAUUUAUAAAGAAGCAUUAGACAUUCGAAGAGAAAUAUUUGGCAAAAUGAAUUUACACGUUGCACUAGCUCACGAAGAUUUAGCUUAUGCUUUUUACGUGUACGAAUAUAGAUCUGGUAAAUUCCCAGAGGCAGGUGUUCACAUUGACAAUGCAAUAGACAUAAUGAACAACCUUUUACAUGGAGAUCAUUUGUUAUUAGCAAGCGCAAAAAGAAUAAAUGCAUUAAUUCUUGAAGAAAUAGCAUUAGAUAACGAAUCGACGCCAUUAUUGAAACAAAGUUUGCUAUUUAAAGCUGAAUGCCUUCACUUGUCUGCUCUUCAAUCGGCAGAAGAAGCAUUUGGCGAACAAAAUGUACAAACUGCAAAGCAUUAUGGAAACUUGGGACGUGUGUAUCAAAGCAUGAGGAAAUUUAAGGAAGCUGAACAAAUGCAUCUUAAAGCUAUUCGUAUCAAGGAACAAUUGUUAGGACCAGAUGACCACGAGGUUGGUUUAAGCGUUGGGCACUUAGCCUCGUUAUACAAUUAUCACAUGAACCGGUACAGAGAUGCCGAAAAACUUUAUCAUCGUAGCAUCAAAAUCAGUUUAAAACUGUUCGGAAAAAGCUACAGUGGCCUAGAGUAUGAUUACGAUGGUCUUUUAAAUGUUUAUACGAAAUUAAAUGAGCACGAUAAAGUUCUGGAAUAUACAAACAUAUUAACCAACUGGAAGGAGUUGAGAAAUGAAAAUGUUCAAUCCAAAGAUCCGAUUGAUCCAAAGAGACGUCCACAACCAAUCGAAGAUGUGAUUAAUAUAUUCUUUUCUAUGUAAAGUUAUUAAGAUAAGUCUAAUUACAAUUUUAAUUUUAUUUAAGUAACUCGGGCCAAAGUAUAAAUAAAAUCACGAGUUACGUUAUACGACUAGGAUUUUACAAAUCAUAAUAUAUUUUUGCGGUAAUAUCAUUAAGAUUGUUCGAAUAUAGUCACGUGAAAUUCUUUAUGUUUGUAUUUUGUACCUCAUCGUUUUCUAUGCAUUAAUUUUACAAUUAAUUUUAAUUCAAAGAAUAUUUAGAUUUGAAAGUUUAUACCGUUGUAAUCAAUUGCCAACCACAUUUAGAAUACUUUUAUUACACAAACAAUUUACGAUGACCGUAAGAUUUAUGUGUAAGUUGUCAAUCGAGUUAUAAAAUCAUGAAAUAUAAUAUCUAUAGAGUAUUUGAAAAUAUGCUAUGACUACUGUAGCGUUGUAAGACACAUUUAGAUCAAAGAAGGUUGCAAUAUUGACCAUAACCUUGAAAUUGAAGAACAAAUGAUGAGUCGGAAUUCAACCUUUUCUUAUUUUUCCACACGAAGUCACUUCCUUUUGGUUGAAUCUCGAUUACCACCGCACACUUUUUAUUUUCACAAUAAGUACUAUGCAAUAUGUCGAUAAAAAUAUUUGGUCUCGAAUAUCAAGGUCAAUGUCAAUGUCAUCAAACUUUACAGAAACCUUCAAUCGUCCAUCGAUUCAAAAAAUAUAAAAUAACGCUAUACUGGCCAUGACGUAUAACUUUCGGAUACUUGAUACAUUGUAAAUUUCAGAGAUAUACUCAAACAUCGAUU